AUGUCACAGAAACGAAGAUGGUAUCACGAUAGUUAUUUGGACUACGGGUUCACAUAUCUUGUCAAGGACGGUGCACACAUCCCUCAAUGUGUUGUGUGUUUGAAAACCUUCUCUAAUAGCAUCACGAAACCUUUCCAACUGAAGCAGCAUCUGGCAAAUGCUCAUCCACAGUUGAAAGAUAAGAAUCGUAGCUUUUUUGAGGUAAAGUUAUCCAGCUUGAAGAGGAUGAAGAUGGAUGCAUCUGGGACGUAUCAGCAAACCAACAUCAGCAUAGUGAAGGCUUCAUAUGUGAUUGCCCUUCAGGUGGCCAAGGCAAAGAAACCCCACACGAUUGGUGAAAGCCUUUUGAAACCAUGUAUCGUUGACAGUGUAGUGUGA